AUGGCACAGAGGGGCUCCUCCUCCGCGCGACCGCGCCGCCACUCGAUCUCCUCCGCGCCGCCCCCGACCACCUCCUCCGCCCCGGACCACCUCCUCCGCCCCCGACCACCUCCUCCGCGCCGCCCCCAACCACCUCCAGCGGUAGCAGCACGCGCCGCCCCCAACCACCUCCAGCGGCAGCAGCAGAUGGAUCUGGCGGAGCCUACCUUCCCCGUGCCCUCCGCCUCGACCAUGGCCUUUCCAGCACCAGCAGGCCCGUGCAGUGGCGGGAGCAAGUCCGUGCUCGACGGGAUGGCUGGCCCAUCCAUGAAGCCGGUUGAGCUUGAAGAAUUGGCUGCCUCAUCCAUGAAGCCGGUUCACCUCGAAGAAAUGGCUGGCCCAUCCAUGAAUCCGGUUGAGCUCGAAGAAUUGGAUCCCAUGGGUGAUGUUGACAAGCAGAGGCUAAAGUGGGAAACCAUCAAUGAGGACCAGCAGGUGUGGGAUGCCCUGGAUGAGCAGCGAAAAUUAAGAAAGAAAGAGGAAAUGAAGCAGAGACAAGAGGAGAGGAAACAUAAGCAAGAAGAGAGGAGGCAUAAGCAAGAAGAGAGGAGGCUAAAGCAAGAGUACAACAAAAAGAUUAAAUUGGAGGUGGCUGCAAGGAGGAAAGAGUUACAAGAUAGGAAGAAGAAGCAAGCGAAUGAGCUACAGGAUACGCGGACGUAA